GAAAAGGAUUUGCAAAUGAAUGUAUUCUGCAUUUAUUUACAUUUUACACAAUGUCCCGACUUCAUUGGAAUUGGGGUUGUAACUUUCUUCAGGAACAGCUCAUCCAAAUACAAGGACAUCAUUCCCAAAAGUGAUCUGAUCCAAUCAGGACCUCCUGCUGUCUACCAGCUGAGACCAAAGAAAGAGAACAUUGGAUCUCAAAGAAGAAUGACUCUCGGUGAAAGAAAUGUGAACAAGAUAAACAAAACCAUCUUGCUUGUGGGUGAAACAGGAACAGGAAAAUCUACUCUGGUCAACGCUCUGGUCAACUACGCCAUGGGAGUGAAGUGGGAGGAUGAUGUCUGGUUUCAGAUCGUAGAGGACGAGGAGGAAGGUGAAUCAGAGAGUCAGACAUCAGAUGUGAUGGUGUACCAGAUCUUUGGUUUUGAAGGUGAAACUCUGCCCUACUCUCUGACCAUCAUCGAUACUCCUGGAUACGGAGACACCAGAGGGAUUGAAGAAGAUGACAUCAUCAGUCAGAGAUUAUUAGACUGGUUCCACUCAGGAGAAGUUCAUGAGGUUAAUGCAGUGGGUCUGGUGCUGAAAGCAACUGAGAAUCGACUGGGUGACCGACUGAGGUACAUCUUUGAUUCAGUGGUGUCUCUGUUUGGAAAAGACAUGGAGAAGAACAUUGUUGCUCUCAUCACACACUCAGAUGGUCUGAUACCUGAAAAUGUUCUGAAAGCUCUUGAUGCUGCAAACAUUAAGAUAGCCAAAGAUAAGGACAAUGAGCCUAUUCAUUUUAUGUUCAAUAACUGCCAGAGUAAACAGAGAAUUCAAAAGGAUAAGCUUUUUUUAAAAGUGCAUGGAACUUAACAAUAGAAGGAAUGAGUCAGUUCACAGAGUUUCUGGAAAAAACUGCACCUCAGAAACUGAAGACAACUACUGAAGUGUUGAAGAUACGAAUCAGACUGACAGCCUGCAUCCAAAACCUGAAAGAGAGAGUUGAGCUCAUUGAAAUACAACAGAGAGAAAUCCAACAGACUCAGGAAGCUCUGAAGAAACAUAAAGAAGAGAUGAAGAGAAAUGAGAUGUUCACUGUAGAAGUUGACGUGGUCUACAAAGUUAAAGGAAGUAUCAGAGGUGGGAUUGGAGUGUUGUUUUAUGAAGGAGCUACCAGCUGUACAGUCUGUGAGGAGAACUGUCACUAUCCUGGAUGCACAUGGGCCCGAAGUCCAGAAAGCUGUGAGGUCAUGAAAGAUGGCUGCUGCACUUCAUGUACCAGGAAGUGUCCUGUAUCAGAUCAUGUGAAAGAAAACUGGAUCUAUGUGACCAAGACAAGGAAAGUUCAGAAGAACCUAAAAGAUGUGAAAAACAACUAUGAAAGAGGUAAAGCAGGAUGUGAGGAGACAACAAGCCUUUUGGGAACUUUAGAAAAGAGAAUGGAAAAACUUCAGAAGGACAAAGAUCAAUUGUUGGAAAAGUCCUUCGAGCUUAUUGUCAAACUGGAUCAGAUCGCCCUGAAUGUUGAUUCACUGUCCACUCAUGUCCACUUGGACUUCCUGAUUGAGAAGAUGAAGGAGAAAGGAGACGCAGAGAAGGUCCAGAAACUGGAAGAGAUGAAGAGUCGAGAGGAUGAAGGAACAAGAGCAGCUCUGCAGUACAGAUUCGGUAAACUAUCUGUGAUGUAGCAGGUGAACACCAUCAGUGUGAGCAGCAGCUGUGUAGAAAACAAGCUCUACACUGUUGAUCCAGAUGUUUAAACAUCACAAAAGCUUUUUCAUUCUAGUUCUAUGAAGCGUGAUGAUGAUGUCAUAAGUUCAUCAGGAAAUUCAAAUGUAAUCACCUUUUAAAUGUCAGAUGUGCACUUCCUGGAAACAGCGCCCUCUGUGGUGUGGAAUGACUGCUGCUCUUCUUGUACUUCCAUGUUUGCUCACCAAUAGUUUAAGAGUUCAGUGUGCAGAUUAUCAUCAGUGCUGAAUCAUGGCAGCAGAUUUAUUUGGUGUUGAACAGCUGUUAGUUUUCUCUUCUAAUCAUGUUUUCUCCACUAUGAUUGUGUUUGUGCUUGUAUGAAUAGACGUGUCUUAUAUAUCCACCAUGAUGUCACAAUGUUGAAGCUGUUGGGAAACUAAAGUGAACUCAUUAUAAAGGAGUUUGGCCUGGAGGGGGGUUGUAACCUCUUCCUGUGUUCUGAAAGUGUUAAUAAUAUAUCUUAAUAUCUUUCUCAAUAAUAAAGAAGAUUACAGUUAAUGUGUGUUGUAUCAAAGUCCUAUAAGAGCUGAGGACAGACUGUCUCUCCUCAGUCACACCUGUGUAAUGCUGAUGAUGCUCUGACCUGCAAACAAUAAAGAUCUGCUGACAUUAU